UUAUUUCCCUUGGUUGAAACUCUUCUAUGCGAGGUUAUCAAUAAAGCAGUUGCGUGCAUAACGGUAUCUCCAACGAAUGGGAAGGUCAGCAACGCUGUAGCGCUGCAUAUUCUGAAUUUAGAACCAUGAAUCCGAUUCCAGAACUACAGAGAAGCCAUGUCUAUAUGAAGGACCCAGAAUACACUGUCAGGGUAAUCCAGCAAAUGAUGGAAGAUGCACAUCACAAGCUCCAAGUUGUUGCAGAUUUUGAUAGAACACUAUCAAAGUAUACAAAUAAUGGCCAUGUAUGCUCAACAACCCAUGGUGUUUUGGAAGACAGUCAGUAUAUGCCUGAUGAUUUCAAAAUAGAGGCUACCCAUCUGAAGGAAAAAUACCUGCCUAUUGAGUUCGAUGGAACGAAAUCAACUGCAGAAAAAAUUCCAUCUAUGAUUGAGUGGUGGACCAAGGGUCACGAACUGAUCACAAGAGCCCAUCUGACCUACGAUUUGUUGAGGAAUAUUGUUUGUGAAUCAACGGCCUGCUUAAGGGAUGGCUGCCGCUGGUUUUUUGAUCAGCUGCAUAAGCAUGAAAUUCCAUUGCUUAUCUUCUCAGCUGGUGUUGGGGACAUCAUUCGCGAGAUCAUAAUUCAUCAGGCAACUCUUUAUGACAACAUGAAGAUUGUCUCAAAUUUUUUGAAAUUUGAUGACUCUGGCAAAGUCAUUGGUUUCGAAGGAGAUCUGAUCCAUGUAUAUAAUAAAAAUGAGAAUGCUGUCCAUUCUUCUGAUUACUUUGAGAAUAUCAAACAUAGAGGAAACCUUCUACUUCUUGGUGAUUCGUUAGGAGAUUUACACAUGGCAGAGGGAGCUGAAGAUGUGGAAUGUACACUAAAAAUAGGAUUUUUAAAUAUCAAGGUUGAAGAGAAUCUACAACAAUAUGUGGAGAACUUUGACAUUGUGAUUGUCCAGGAUGAAACUUUGGAGGUAGUCAACGGGAUCAUGUCAAAAAUUCUAGGAUUUUCUUAGCAAUGAUUGAUGGGACUUCAAGGUGCUAACAGUGUGAUAGCAGUGAAAUUCAUUAUCGUUUUACCAUCCUCCUUCCCAUUCCCACAGCUUUGUUUAUAUUUAUCUGGGUGGCUGUGAUGACUUUGAACAUCUGGACCUAUUGCUGCAUGAUCCAGGCUGUUAUAAAGGACUUGAAAAAAGCAGCAGACACUUUUAUUUAAAAUGUGUGAUGGCCUUUGUGUGGAUUUUUAAUCAUAAUCAAUUUCAAUCUUUCUUUCUGAUGGUGGGAAAGGGUAGUCCAACCUUCAACUCACAUCUGUGUUAUGCCAUUGACCACAGUGAUAUUUAUUGCAUCCUUUGCUAGUUGUUAUCUAUAAUAUGGUAUUUUAGCUCCCACAAUCCCUGCACCUCAUCUUCCCAUAUAGUAAUGCUGUGGUGGAAGCUUUUAAGCAGAUACCACACUGCAGAGUAUUCUUAUAGAACAUGCUUCAUUAGCUUGUAUAUUUAUGGCUGAUAUUAUAGAUGCACUAUACAUAUACAAAGUUACAGAUGUAGCAAAUAUUUUGGUACUAAAGUUUUAAUCAGAAGAUUGUUUUCUUUUUAAAAUUUAGAAUUGGGUGCAGUUUGUUCUAUCUGUGUAUACUUACCUACAAAUAGUGCAGCUUUGCUGUUUCUAGUGGGUUGGGAGUAGGGAAGGAGGCUGUGUAUAUGAGAAAGAGAUGGAGAAAAGAAGGGAACUGUUGCUUAAAGAAGACCACAUGGUUUAAACAAGUUUGGUAGACCAAUAAAUAUUUGUAGCUUAUGUUUAUGAUGAGUUCUGUUAUGUCAGUUUUUCAAUAGUUACAAACAUAUGAAAUACUUGGAUUGAUUGUCCUUACGUGGAAGCUGGAAAGCUUCCUGAAUGCUUUGUGUGAGGAAAACUAAAAAGAGCAGGUUCUAAGAGUUUAUUGGACAUUAUCAUUAAGCAUAGCAAGGAGUGUUUUAAGUAUUUUAAUAGAUACUUUCUCCUCAAUGCAUCAUUGAAGAUGGUAUGUGUCAGCAACAUUAGAACAUAAAUAAGGUGAACAAAAGAUGCUUGCUUUCCAUCAUGGUGCAAUAUGAGAAAUGUGGAUUUAAAGAAUAAUCAUUCAUUAAUUUUAAAGACUGAAAAAUUACGUCUGAGGAAGAGUUGGUGUAUCACAAGACAGUCCUUCAUAAACAGGAGUGGGCAAAACAAAACAUGAGGGAGGACAAGCUCGGAGAAUUUAACAUAUCAUUGCACUUUGAAACAAAAUAUCAACUUAAUAAAAGUGUUAGAUCAACAAUGCUAUGUGUUUUGGAGGAUUUUAAGUAAACGUUUUUUGUAUUGUGUGGUGUUGUAUUUUAAAUUGUGUAGAAGAAAAAUUUAAAGUAUUAUCAAGGGAGAUAAUCACUAUCAUUAAAUUUUUUUUUUUUUUGACAGACUAAUACCAGUAGUAAUAACAUGAAUCGUAAAUGCUGCUCUUUUGAAAACACUUUAUAUUUUUUUCACAUCGUGUAAUCAUCAGCUGUUCACGUUACGGCUAUUGUGACUUGAUGUUUUUGGUAUUUGACUUAGUCUAUACUACAGCAGUCAGAAGACUUCAUGCUGCUGGAGAAGUUAUUUGUGGCUUGACUAGUGGACAUCAAAAUUUGAUUUUCAUAGUUAUUUUUGUGUGUGCACUUUUGAAAAGGUUGUUGUCGUAAACAUUUUGCAUUUGACAAUAAUGUCAAUGUGUUUAAAUUUGAAUGUUUCCAUAGUUGUUACUGCAUAAGCCUCAGUAAAAGUUUUUAAUCAAUUACUUGAUCCUUUAGCAACAAAGUGUAAAUAUAAGAAUAUGCCACCACAUCUUAAAUCAUUUUUGUUAACAUUCGUUAGUGCACCUGAAGCAUUAGUGUGUGAGAGAGGAACAAGCUGCAUUCAGGAAAUGCCAGAAUGUUUUUGACGUGCCAGGUUUUUCCAGCUCUAUUUGUACUGUAUUCUGCCCCAAGGUUUUCUUGGCCUGCAAAUCUCUUUUGAAAUAAAAGUCCACCUUUUAAUGAUCACAAA